AUCCCCAAUCACCAGUAUGCAUGCUCCCCGCUUACACCAAUCGGUCUCCGCCGUGGAAUAAAAAGUGGUAACUGUGUGAAGUGUGCGAGAGGUAGAGUGUUGAGGUGUGAGAGGUGAGAGAGGCGAGGGAAGGUAAUAUUCCUGCUGGUCAAGAGGCUCCGGCGGCCACAACAUGGCGGCGGGGAGCUAGCACGCACUCACCGCCACACACACACAUGUUCUCGCCCAGUUUGAUCAUCUCCUCCUAACUGUUGGCGCGUGUUGCAGACGUGCAAGAUGACCUCGCUGCACUGUGUCAUCCACCCGCUGCCAGGGACCGAGGACCAGCUCAAUGAGAGGCUUAAAGAACUGGGUCUUCGUCUGAACUGGUCAGGUGGAGUUGGGGUGAGUGCGGUGGCAGGGCUACGGGAAAAUAUCCGCCAGGUGGCUAUAGGGCCAUCACACAUUGCAGUCCUCACUGAAGAUGGCCGAGUGGCUCGUCUUGUCUUCUCCAUCAACACUGAUGCUCUGGAUCUCAAUAAGGCAGAUCACAAACAAGGAAGCUGCAACAAGAGCAGCAGCCAAAGCAGCACCAAGUUGACAGCUCGCAUGUCCACCGGAGGCCGCCGCAUUGUUCGCACCACCUCUGGCUCUGGUGGAGUACGAGGGCGGGGGGCCGGGGUAAUUAUGGGCUCGUCUCGCCCCAUGUUGCCAGCACAAUAUGUUCCAGAAGAACUCAUAUCACAAGCCCAAGUGGUGCUUCAAGGCAGGAGUCGCAACCUUAUAAUCAGGGAAUUGCAGAGAACCAACCUUGAUGUAAACCUGGCAGUGAACAAUUUAUUGUCACGGGACGAUGAGGACGUGGAGGAACCAGAGGAAAGUGGUGACUCGUAUGUGCCGGAGGACCUCAUCUCUCUCUUAGAUGCUGGCAUAUCUGUUGCCGCUGACCAUCCCUCCGUUAUAAUUGAUGCCGAUGCCAUGUUUUCUGAUGAUAUGUUUGGCUAUUCUUCAGUUCGCAGUCGAUCUGGUGGAAGCCGUGGGCGAGCAGGUGAGAGAGAUCGUGAGGGCUCAGCUGGAUCUACCGGCUCGGAGCAUCGUGCUGACCGAGAACUAAGGUGGCGUGACCGUCACUAUUCUGGACCUCGGAAGUGGCUGUCGAGCGCGCUGCUAUCGGUUAGAGUAACACAACCACAUACAGAAACGGGAAAGAAGAAAGAUUCUCUACUACCCGACGCCAUCGAUGUGGCAGACAGUCUGCAGUACUGGCCGGAGAGACAAGGCAAUCAGCCAGCUCCAAGGUUCUCGCACAUUGCUGCCCUUCACUCUGAAUUGGUGGCUGUGUCUACUGCAGGGCAGUUAUACCAGUGGCGGUGGGCAGACAAAGACCCUUAUGUACACCCUGAGCUACCAAGUGUACACCAUCCGAAAGCAGUGCCUCUUGGAUUGGCAGGGGAGAGAGUGGUAGCUAUUAGUGCUGCUGGAGUCAGAUGCAGCGUUGCUACAGAGUCAGGUCGUGUGGCCACGUGGCUUGAUGAGACGUUAGCUGAUGUAGCCACUAAACUAGAGCAGCCUGCACAAUCUUUCCCAGAGCUACAGAAUGAGCGCAUAUUGUCACUUCACACUUGUCAGCUGUACACGUGUGCAUGGUGUGAGUCUGGGUCACUCUUCUGGUGGGGAGUGUUACCUUUUAACCAGAGGAAAAAACUUUGGGAAAAGUUUCGCAGCAAAAGCCGCAAACAACGCUCGGAGAUUACAGAGGGCGUUCAAGUGGGGAUGCGAUCAUCACCAAUGUAUCACUCGGGAGCUUUGGCAUUUUCAACUUCUGGUGGUGUGCCAAAGAUCGGUCAGCUUUUAAAUGCUGCCUGGAAUCUUAGUGAUACUUGCAGAUUUAAAAUUCUCCCUCCUGGUGGAGUUAUUAGCGGAGGUAAUAGUGGAGGAUCGAACAACAGUAAUAAUGUGGGCAGUUGUGCAGGGUCAAAUAACAGCACAUCUUCAGGUUUCCAGUCUGGUGGUGGCAGCUCCACUACACAAAGUGGUGUGUCAAAUAACAGCAACAGCAGCACCAACAGCAGUAGCAGCAGUGGUGGCAGUGGUGGGGGGGACAAGAAGACCUUAUCCUCAGAAGUGUUGGGGUCAGCUGCCAAAAUCCUGAAGUGUGGAGACAGCAAGGAGUCGUCUGAUAAGUUGGAUAUGCCACCCCCGCCAUCUCCUGCGUCCAGCACUUGCUCAGACACAGGAUCCAUAACAUCCCCCGCUUCAUACAAACGUGGAAAGAGGCCUGUUCCUCGUGAUGAGAUGGAACGGUUUGAUGAGGAAGAAUGGCCUUUGAGAGAUGUCAUUUUUGUAGAGGACACAAGACCAGUGCCAAUUGGAGAGGUUCUUGCUGUUGAUGGUAAUCAAGUGGUUGUGGUACCACAGACGAAAGAAGGUAAAGCUAACCUACGUGUUAUCCACCGAGAUCAGCUGCAAGUGAUCCGUGCUGGGGGAAAUCCCCGAGUCCCAGACUGUUACCAGAAGACACCAAAGCGCAUUCCAGUAACAGAACAAGGCCAGAUCCUCACUGUUGCAGUUGAUGGCAGAGGGAUUCAUGCCAUCGUUAAGAAUGCAAGUCGACUAACCUAUGUCAUCUACAACCUGAGUUCUGGAAAGGCUGAGCAGGAGUGCGUGUUCCCUACAGAUAGUACAGCCUUUAUGGGUUCUGAGCCUUCCAGCAUAUCCUUGACCAUCACAGGGGAGAGUGAGAAUGUUGGUGUACUGCGCGAUGGGAACAGCACCAUAUACCCGUUAAGUAAAGAUUGCGUAGACUCGAUCAAGGAUCCCCACUGGCCGGAUUUACCUCCCGUUUCUUGCCUGGGAGUGGCCACGCACUUCCUGCACGGAGCCGGAGCACACCAGAAGAAUCAUGUGGCGUUGCUGGUCCUGGCACUCAAGACUCAAACACUUAUGCCCAAAAUACUCCGGUGUGACCCUGAAGGUGUGAGGCAAGUUUUGACACUCAUUGAAAAUGAUACUCCAGAUGGCGUUUCAAGCUUAACAACUGAAGCAAUAGUGGAAGAGAAGUGUGAUGGGAACCGCAACAUUCUACAUGCCUGUAUCUCCACUUGUUGCCCAGUUACAAGUAAAGAAACUGAAGGAGAGUCGGUGUUGGAGAAAGAUCCGAUCUUGGGCAGCUUUGCUUGGCCACCAAGUUCAUCAGAUACAUUGAGUGACUCUGCUAGUGCCCCAGGACCGGAUGACGACCUUAUGACGCCGUCCUCCUCCAAGACCACGCCCGGACCCAGUAUGCCAACGCUGGGUUCCUCGGAUCCGGCCGAACGCAAAUCGUACUCGUUAACCAUACUCCGAACAAUCUGUGACAGUCCUGCGCUGACGCCACACCUACGUAAUUUAUUAAUUGCUCGCGAUUCGAAUGGUUUUACUCCUUUUAUGUUAGCAGUUUCUGGUCGAGCAUACCAGGCAGCCCUGAUCCUCUUUGAUGUGAUUCAUCGUGUAGCUCAUGACAGUGCCAUGGAUUCAGAAAGCGAGCGCCGGGCUGUCACCCAAAUGAUAUUUCCACGGGGUAGCAACCCGGAUGACUCGCCACUUCAUGUUCUUUGUUAUAAUGACACUUGCUCCUUUACAUGGACUGGGGCUGAGCACAUAAACCAAGACAUUUUUGAGUGUCGGACUUGUGGACUUGUAGGCUCCUUGUGUUGCUGUACAGAGUGUGCACGAGUUUGCCAUAAGGGUCACGAUUGCAAGCUCAAGAAGACCUCUCCAACUGCAUACUGUGAUUGCUGGGAAAAAUGCAAAUGUAAAGCCCUUAAAUCUGGCCAUCAGACAGCACGCUUUGAUCUUUUGUCACGCCUCAUAACAGAAACUGAUCUUGUCAACAUUGCCAAUGGAAGAGGGGAGAAUCUUCUCCUAUUUCUCGUACAAACAGUGGGGCGUCAAGUCACGGAACAGAAGCAAUGGUCUAGAUGUCGUUCGUCAUCUUCAACACGUAAGAAUGCCUUGUCGGAUGUAGUUAAUAUGGAAGUUCCGGACCAUGAUCUAGAACCACCAAAGUUCAGUCGCCGUGCCUUGGAACGCCUCCUAAAUGAUUGGGCAGCAGUAAGAGCCAUGAUCAUGACUGGCCACAAGGAGGAAACUCCCCCAACUACAGCAUCCACAGAUGAGAUCAACUUCAUGCAGUACCAAGGCCACACCACCCACCUAGACAAGUUUACAUACUGUCUGCUUGUUAAAUUAGCUACUCAGGUUGAACAUCGUAACCUAAAGUUAAAGCAGUUGAUAAAUAGCGAUGACGAUGAGCGCAAGAUGAUUGCCGACACAAUGGUAACGGCUCUGAUCAACACGCUAAUCAGAGAACUACACAAUGAAUCGGUUCCUGGACGUAAGCAAGAAGCAGAAAAGGUGGCUCGUAGGUUUAUAGCGUCUGUAGUGCGAAUCUUCGUCAUCCUAGCCAUAGAGAUGAUCCCAAACGUGAGCAAAAAGAAGCCAAGCAGUUCUUACACUCAGCCACUUGCAAAAUGCAUUAAGGUGUUCGAGUCUGUGAUUCCUGUGGCUGUGACGGAGCUUUGUGAUGCUGCGGAUGCUCUCAUGCUUCCUGUGCGCCUCAAUUAUGUCAAGCCCACUGCACCGUUUCCCCUCAGUUCAACUCAUGUGGAUGCUAAUCAUGGCUGUAAGGAGAUGUUCGAGGUGGAGCCUCUUCAGCGACAUCAGCAGAGAGUUGCUGGAGGAAUUGCAGAGCAGUCUACUACUUCUAGCAGUGGCAGUGGAAGAGAUAGUGGAAGUGGAAAUGCGGGAGGUGGAGGAGGAGGAGGAGGAGGCGCAGCAACAGUAGCAGCUGCAGCAGCAACAGCAGCAGCUGCAGCAGCAGCAGAGGAGGUGGAGGAAGCUGGUGAAGAAGAGGUAGCAACUAGUAUGUCUCGUCCUAGUCCUGCUCCAAUAUCCAGACCAAGGAGGGCGCGGCCAGAUCACAUUCUUCCUCCUCAGGUAGACGAUCACGAUAAUGAAGGAGGUAGUGAACGUGAUGAUGCCACUGAAAGAUCUGAACAAGAGGGAGAUGGGGGUGGGGAAGUUGAGGGUGGAGAGUCUGACAUGGAACUAGAUCUGUUAGCAGAAUCGGACAGUGAUAGUGAUGACAAUCAGUCUGCUGUAGACAAUGCUUCUGCACAAAGAUCUGUGCAGACUGGUGCUACUGCUGGCAGUGAUGGGGAGGAUGAUUCAGGGGAAUCUUCACCUGGAGAGGAUGAAGAUGAUGAAAGUGAAGCAGCAGAAACAGAUGAAUUUGAUUCAGGCGAACUUUUCUCUGAUGAGCAACUAGAGAGAAGGGGUAACACCUCGUCUACUGCACGUAACAUUGCUCCUCACAAUCUGCAGUGGGCGGUAAGGAACCCACGGGAUAGCAGCUCACGCUCUGGAGGCACGACAGGAGGACCUACUGCCACUGGAUCUUCGAGCACUACAUCAAGUGGAUUAAUAUAUAUUGAUCCAACUUCUCUAAGGCACGGUCCAACGUCGAGCUCCACUGUGACACCGUCAUCUCAUGAGCCAGUGAGCCUGGCCACUACCAAUAACACACUAGCUAGGGCCUUUACCAUUGUAGUGAGACAGAUGAGUUCCCUUCUCAGUCUAGCAUGUGAUGUAGUAAGAGAUGGAGGGGUGACCUCAAGAACAACAGGAGGGAGUGGAGGGGGCAUCCCUGGUGCCAGUGGGAACAGCACCACCCCCACACAGAUGUGCCUCACACCCACCAUCAUUGCUGCACUCCUUAAGCAGGUGGAUGCACGCCUUCAGCCUACCUGGGACUGGCUUCUCAGUCUCAUGGACUCUACUGAAUCACAGCUCAGGUUUGGCCGUGAAUUAAAUCAGCUCAUUGAAGGAAGUGGUGGUACAAGUACCAGUUCAGCCACAACACCUACUGGAAUCCCUGCUUCUCGUCCUCGGGAACGAAGUGCUGGUCGGACGGGUCUACCUUUCAUCCGGGAUCCUCUCACCGGACCCCUGUCUAGGUAUCAGAGUGCAAGACGUGGAACUCGUACUACUACCACCACCGCUGACCCACAAAAUGCCAGGAGAGACACCCUUUCUUACGUUGUAUCACUGCUGCGAGCCCACAAGAAUGAACAUUGUGAUACAUUGCCCGACAUUGAUGUUGGGUCACUUAAACAUAUUGCAUAUGUGUUUGAUGCACUCAUCAGCUAUCUGCGGUGUUGCGAGAGUGACAGUAAUGCUCACAUAGACUCCGGAGGGGCAGAGUGCACCGGGUUUUCGUGGGAACGCGAUGAAAAUGAGAAUGAAGACGAUAUGGAUGACCUACCGUCUAUUACGCCCUCUGCCGGCGACAGCGAAUCUGCGGAUGAAGACUCUAACUUGUCAAACUCCCGUGGAAGAAAACACACAUUUUUCCAGAGGUCACAGUCAACACUGUGCUUGGGGUCAGUAGGUGCUGAUGUGUUUAGCAGUAGCUUGCAGGAGGCAUUGCCGCUUGCUGACAAACCUCACCUCCUACAACCAAAUGCACGCAGAGAAGAGCUCUUUGGAAUCCCUCGUGCGCACACACACAAUGCCGGACAUGGUACAAGAACACCUUUAGAUGCUCCUCUUUCCCGGCUUGGUGUGUUAGAAAACCUGCACAUGGUUGGUCCCUACCCACCUACUCCCCAGCAGUCAUAUGCACACAUGUUGGGAUCUUCACGCACAAUGGACCACCAGCCCACCGAUCUAUCUUUAUACACGACAGGACAGUUAAGAGAUUUAAAGGAUGAAGAUGUCAGUGAGGACAGUGGAGAAACCUCUCAGGAAAGAGCACCAAUCAUUGUCUCACCGAGACGAAGCGGGAGCAGUUUGGCUGAUGCAAUUGAUCACAGCAGUAGUGGUGCUUCUUACCCAGCCGAGUCAACCCCUGCAAGAUCCAGCGUUAAAAGUGUUAUUGUCAGAGUUGGUUCAUCAACUGUCUCAAAUGCAUUUAAGCCUGAGGUUGGCACAGCAGCGUCCUUGCCAUCGAGUAUAGCUGCUUCAGCGUCCACAACGCCAUGCACACCCACGGGUCCUCUUGGUGGACGUGGUGGAGCCGACCUUCUUGUUGUUCCCUUGGAUGGUCGAGGUAGUCGGAGUUCCGAAGUGGGUCUACAUGCACCCCACGAUGUGUCGGCUAAUGUUACCAUAGAUACUACACAUGACCACAUGAAACCGGCAUUGUUAAGAAGUGGAGUAUCUCAAGACUUGCUCCUAGGUCGCUGGAGAUUGACGUUAGAGUUGUUUGGAAGAGUGUUCAUAGAUGAUGUUGGAGCUGAACCAGGGUCUAUAAUUGCUCAGCUUGGUGGAUUCCCUGUUAAAGAGGCCAAAUUUAGAAGAGAAAUGGAAAAGCUUAGAAAUUGUCAACAACGUGACCUGAAUCUCACUAAGAUUGAUCGUGAGAGAGGGCAGUUAAUUACUCAGACAUUUAAGGAACUCAAUACCCAGUACAACAAUUACCACAGACGAGGCACGCAGUCGUCUCCGCCUCUAGCAGUCAAUCGCGUUAAAGUAACAUUCCGUGACGAGCCCGGAGAGGGCUCCGGGGUGGCCAGAUCUUUCUACACGGCCAUUGCCGAGGCUUUGUUAUCGGGAGAGAAGCUUCCCAGCCUGGAGCCAUGCCAGGUGAGGCCUAAAGAAGUUGGGCUAUCGGUGGUACGAUACAGCUUGUACGGUCAAUAUAAGGGGCGUGACAGAGACCGUCGCCAAGGUGCAUCAUCUUCGCGUUCAUUACAAAGAAGAGAAGCUCGUAAGACACUCUCGGUCGAUGCUCGGCCGUUUUACAUGACAGGAGAUGGGACCAGCAACGAACACCUACCUUCCAACAUGUUGCAAAUUGGAGAAGCACUCUUUCCUAAAGUUCAGGGUCUCAGACCGUCUCUGGCGAGCAAAAUAACAGGGAUGUUGCUGGAACUGACACACGCUCAGCUCCUGCUGCUCUCUGCUAGUGAGGAUGCUCUUCGACAAAAGGUGGACGAGGCAGUGGACCUAAUUCUUGCCCAGGGUAGAGACCACACUCCAGAGUAUUCCCCGUCACACCAAGACACAGAUGAAGGAGGAGAGGAGCCAGAGGAUGCUAGUGCGCCUCUGUUUUAUCAGCCGGGCAAGAGAGGUUUCUACUCCCCUCGGCAGAGUCGACCAACUCCAGAGAGACUUAAUGCAUUCCGUAAUGUUGGCAGACUUUUGGGGUUGUGCUUAUUACAAAACGAGUUGUGUCCUAUUUAUCUAAAUCGACACGUUUUAAAAUAUAUUCUGGGGCGUCCUGUACGCUUCCACGACCUAGCCUUCUUUGAUCCUGUGAUGUAUGAAAGUCUGCGGAAACUUGUGCUGGACGCUGAGAAUAAGGACACUGGCACGGAUGUGUUCAAAGCUCUGGAUCUCACAUUCAGUAUUGAUGUGAUCCCAGAGGAAGGUGGCACAAAUAUUGAACUGAUAAGUGGUGGCCGCAAUGUGGAAGUAACGACUGGGAACGUCUAUGACUAUGUACGCAAGUAUGCAGAGUAUCGCAUGGUUAAAUCUCAGGAGAAGGCUUUGCAGAAUAUUCGCGAUGGGGUGUUCGAUGUCAUCCCUGGAGGUUCUUUGGAUUCACUAACUGCCGAGGACCUACGACUUUUACUCAAUGGUGUUGGAGACAUCAACGUUGCCACUCUCAUCUCUUAUACCUCAUUCAAUGAUGAAAGCGCCGAAUCCAACGACCGUCUCAACAAGUUCAAGCGAUGGCUAUGGUCCAUUGUGGAGAAAAUGACCAAUCAAGAAAAACAAGACUUGGUAUAUUUCUGGACUGGUUCACCUGCUUUACCUGCAUCUGAAGAAGGAUUCCAGCCUAUGCCAUCAGUUACAAUCCGGCCGGCAGACGAUUCGCACCUUCCCACAGCAAACACCUGCAUCAGCCGUCUCUAUAUUCCUCUUUACUCGACACGUGCUAUUUUACGCUCCAAGCUCCUCCUAGCCAUUAAGACUAAAAAUUUUGGCUUUGUUUGAGAACCAUCUACAAAUGUUUUUGACCUAAAAAAUAAGAAAGAAUAAUUUGUAUUAAUCAUCCAUGAAGGUAUAUCAAGAAAGAAGGAAAGUGUUUGGAUACUGUGUGUAUUGGUUCACAGGUGGGAGGGCACGGGAUGAAGACGACGGUUCUUUGUCAGAAUGUGAGCAGAUGCUCUCGUAGGUGUGGAGACCGGCACGGCACGUGAGAGGUGUAGGUGUUGCAUCAUGACUGGGAGUAGUGGUGGCUAACAUUUGAUAAAAUUAAAAGUGGUUUAUUUGAUUUAUAUUUGCUUUGUAGAAGGUGAAUAAAUACAAUUUCUUGGAAUAAUUAAAGACUGUAAUAACCCUUGGAGGCAAUAGAAUGCUAAUAAACCAAAAUGUGGAUAAAAGCUUGUAUGGAUGUAUCCUGAGUAUUUGUGAAUAAAGUGGAUGGUAGUAUUCGAUACACAGUUGGCAUCUAAAAUUGUCAGCUUAUCAUAUCACAAUGCCUUUAUUUAUAAAUAUUUUCCAUUCAUGCUGCUGGGAUUGGAACAAUUGUGCUAUAGCAAAAUGAAUAGAUGUUCAGGCUUGGCAUACCAAGGCAGUAAGUUAUGGAUCCUCAAUACCAGCAGUUAUUGGUAUCUCUUCAUAUUUUAAUGUACAAGGAAAUUUUAAUGCCAUAAACAUUACACUUUAAUCCAGUAAAAGUACUGGAAUACAGAAGACCCAGCCAACUUGGCCAUGUAAUAAUCAAAAGUUUUAUUUUACAUGCAAAAUUUGAAUUUGAUGUACAUAAAAUAUGUACCAAAAUGUAUUCCGAGAUAACACGAAUGAUGGAUUUGCAGUCAAACACAGCAACAGUGUACUUUAUAUAUAAGUAACCAAUGAAAUGCAGCAGUGAUUAACUCUGAAUUGAGGUGGCAGGAAAUUCUUGAUCAAAUUACUUCAACAGAUAUACUGUACUAUUAACAGUGACUGGUGUCCAAAUAUCAUUGAAAAAUGUGAUACAUGUGGACAUACUUGAAAUGGCAGCUGGUUACUGGAGCUGAGUGAUCAUCUGUUUUGGAGUGGUGCUCUUGGCUGUGGAGUUAUUAGAUACCUGGAGCGUACCUGGAGAGGGUUUCGAGAAUUCUUCUACUUCCCGAGCCCAGCCUGGGGCCAGGCUCGACAUGGAAGUCGAAUACUUUGGAAGUCUGCACACGUGUUGAACAGAGACCUUGAAUAAUGUUCACAAACCAAAGUUCAUAAGAUUGUAUUGCAUCAGUGAAUGUGGUGUACCUUGCUGGUGAAGGUUGCACAUGAUGGAAAGACUUACCAUGUGAACAAAAUCAAUAACUCCUGCACUGUGUGUGUGCCUGGUGAAAAUAUAUGGCUAUUUACUUGUUUAUUACGUCAUAUCUUCAAGAAUUUAUUAUAUAAAUUAAAGCCAUGUUGUAAUUAAUCCUAUUUUUUUAUUUAUAUUUUAUUAAAGUUGUUUGAUAAUAUAGUAAAAAGAGGUUAAAUAUAGUUGGUUAUUAUUGAGUAUGCCAUUCCAUUAUGUUAUUGAUUAGCAAGAAAUGUUUAAAAUAAAUUAUAUGCUGUAUAUACUUGCACAUGCACACUAUACAUGCGUACAUAAUUUUGUCACUGAUGCUGCUACUACUGGUGGUCAGAAUGUAAAAAUAAAAAAAAAAUAAAAAUAUAUAUAUAUAACAAAAAAAAAUUGUUAGAUAUGGUAUAUUUGUCCAGCCUGCCUUACCUAGCAAUUAUAAGUAAUAUUUUUGAGAAGCUACCUACCAUCUUGGGAUUGAUACAUAUAGGCAUCGAGUGGUAGAGUGUACGGGUCAACAUAGCGGUGUCGAUGGAUAUUCCGCUGAUGGAGGAUACUUUCUUUUUUUUUUUUUUUUUAAUGAAAUUCAAUCCAUUUCUAACCAAAAUAUUAAAAGCUUAGGUGUAAAUUGAUUCUUUUGGCUGUUAAUCUUCUAUUUAUUGAGAGUUGCAAAGAAUUUUAGCAAAAUAUUUCUAUAUUAUGCUCCAGUUCAGAUAUCGUGUUACUUGUGUAUCCCUAAUUGAGUGUGCAUUAUCAUUGAACAAAUCCUAAAUAUGCAAGAAUUCCAUGCUUUGGUCAUUUAUUAUUUUGUAUAAUUGUUUUAUUAACAAUCUUAAUAUGUAUUUUAUACUUGCAUAGGUAGGAAUCUACGGAUGCUCAGAUUGGUUUCUUUUUUUCAGAAUCCAUUGUUAAUUUAAAACUUGAAAAUAGGUCUUUUGUACUUAUUAAAUAGCAAAUUAUUAUUAUUUUAUAUAUUUUUCAAUUACUGUAUGAACAUUUAUUUCUUGCGGAGAAGUGUGAACCCAAUGGAACUGGUUAGUAUGGAUUGUCAAAUUAGAUAUGGUUAUUAGGGACUGUAUAAAAUCAGAUUAAUUAAACGAUUAAAAAAAAUCAUCGGUGUUUUGUAAUGGAAUAGAGUAUAAGCUGUGACAUAUUGGGAAGAAAUGCAGUCAAGAUGUCUUCAUGUAUUAAGAUAUGUAUUAAUAUGAAAUAAAAAGUCUUGCACGAA